AUGUUCGGGUUUAGAAAAUCGCCGGUAGAAAAACAACCCACGCAGACGUCGGCGGACCCCAUGAACCCUUUUGACUCUGACCUUGAAACAAACAACCACAAGGGAAAAAACGCCGCCCCCAACCCUUCACGACGGACUUCCUCAGAGCCGACCCUCCCCAUCCCGGACGAUGAUGACGACGACUAUUUUGGGCGUGGUCCAACUUCGUUGUCUGCCUACAAGCAAAAAAAAGAGCUCCAUAGUAUGUCCAUGCAGGAGUUGGAGGGGUAUGCCGUGAACCAGGCUCGGGAGACCACAAAAUCAGUCAACAACUGCUUGAAGAUAGCGGUCGAUAUUAGGGAGGAUGCCACCCGGACGCUUGACACGUUGCACCAACAGGGCGAGCAAAUUCACCGUACGCACGUCAUGGCCGCUGAUAUGGAGCGUGAUUUGAGCAAGGGUGAGAAGUUAUUGAAUAAUCUUGGGGGCAUGUUUUCCAUGCCAUGGAAGCCGAAGAAGACCAAAACCAUUACCGGCCCUAAAACUUAUAAAGACGAUAAUGAAAGAGGAAAACGAAGUACUCAAGACCAAAGAGAAAAAUUAGGUCUAAGCCAAGGAGAAAAAGUGAAAGGCUCGCGUUCGACCCCUCCUGAGCCGACCGAUGCUAUUCAACAUAUUGAGCAUGAGAAGAUGAAACAAGAUGAUGCACUUUCGGACCUUGGCGGUAUAUUGGGAGAGUUGAAAGGAAUGGCUGUCGACAUGGGAUCUGAACUUAACAGGCAAAACAAGGCCCUCGAUGAUCUUGAAGUUGAUGUAGAUGAACUCAACUCUCGAGUCAAAGGUGCGAACCAACGUGCACGUCGGCUUGUUGGAAAGUGA